GACAACCCAUCUCGAAUCGGGUUAUUAAUAUUGGUGCUUUCACUGCUUUUCCAUGCCUCCCAAACGCGAUCCAUCAUCUUUGGAGGAGUCUAUGGCCGCCAUAGUCGAUAGCCUUGCCAAGAUCCUUGCUGCCUCCACCUCAAACUCUACCCAAAUUGAAAAUUUGGCAAAGCAAAUCACCAUCAACACCGCCACCACUACCAACCUCGUCACUGCCUUUGCCAAGCUCGAACUUGAUCCAAACCAUGGUUCCCUUCCUCGAAGAAUCACACAAAUCGGGUUAUGGGGAUCGAGUACAGGUGGAUCUCCAUGGUCGUUGCAACUUGAAAGCAAUAAAAAACUUAAGAAGAUAACGAUAGACCAUGAGGAUUGGAUUUAUUCGAUCGGUUUUACAAUCGAAGUUUUUAGUGGUUCGUCGAGUUAUUCUCUACGCCAUGGUGGUAGUGGCGGCUGGAGCGGUGGCACAAUUUCCGAGAUUUGUUUGGAUGUCGAUGAAGAAAUAACUGAAAUACGUGGAACAGUUGGAAUAACUACCGGAUGUUAUGCAAAUUAUAUGGUAAUCUCAUCGUUGUGUUUUGUGACAAACAAAAAGAGGAAUUUUGGGCCUUUUGGUAAGGAAACAGAGACCCCUUUUUCCGUAUCUUGGGAUGCAGGUUCAUUUGCAGGGUUCUAUGGCCGUGCAGGCUUCUAUUUGGAUGGUUUUGGUUGCUAUUUAAAGGCUACUGUAUGAUCACUUCUACUUAAGUCCAAAAUAUGUUUACCUAUUCAAAUCAACAAAUUAAUUAUUUGCAUGGAAAUAUCUUGUGUCAAACCAUAUUUUCU